AUGCCAGGUAGCCCACAAGACGCUCGAACGGGCAAGGCCGAUGAACGGCUAAGGGCGUCGAGCGAAGGGCGCAGGGGGAACGCAACGGUAGAUGGCCUACGGUACGGAACGGACGCUCUAUGUGCGUCUGGAGUUUGCCUGCUCAGCGUUUUCAUUGAGAAGUGUGUGCAUGCUUCUUCUUUUAUUUUGCAGUUUGCGAGGGAUUGGAAUUAUUGCACGGAUUUCGUUGAUUGCAGAAGCUGUUGGCAAAACUGCCACAGGCAAUUGGCGCCCUUUGAGCUGCGCGUCCACCAUGCCCAACGACAGGGUGCCCUGGUGCUGACCGACAUCGGAUGGGACGAGAUGAUUGCGAACGCAUCGCGUCAAUGCCUGAUCACCUGGGAGGUAUCCGGCGGCGGUCUCAUGGGCAACCUGCUCACAGACACAGCACGCGCCGAGCUGUCACUCUGGCCGGAUACAGUGUACAACAUACAGGUGACCUGCAAGCAUAAGCUAACGGGUCUGAUGCGGCGUUCACUGAAGCUCAAUGUGGACACACAUCGGCUGCUGUCAGCGGCAGCGGCAGCCAAUCGUUGGACAAAUCCCAGCCUGUUGCCCCUAAAUGUGGAUAUGCUGCCAGCGGCAACAACAACAACAGCAACAGCAGCAAAAGCAAUAGCCACAGCAACGGCAGCAACAUCAGCAACAGCCACACCACCACCGCCAACAGCAGCAACAACAACAACAACAACGGGAGCAGUAACAGCAAUUUUGCAACGCACUCGACCCACAGACCGUGUGUACAUCAUCAGUGCAUUGCCAACGGCCAGCCAGCUGAGCGGCGUUGUGUAUCCGGCCUUUGGUGCGCUGGCUUUCUUCCUGGCAUUGCUCGUUAUGUUCCUGUUUCUGCGUCCGCAACGCAAGCGGGCCACUGAUGGGGAUGCGGACACCGCAUCUCUACUAAGCGGACGUCGCUCGCGGCUCUCCAUGGACAACUCAACGCUGCAUGUGUAGGCGCUCAAAAAGGCGAAUCGAGUUAAAUGACAAAAUAACAGCAAUAUCAGCAGCAACA